AUGGCGUCGCAGCUUCUUCCUUUGGAGCUCAUUGACAAGUGUGUCGGCUCCCGGAUAUGGGUGAUCAUGAAGGGCGACAAAGAGUUUUCGGGCACAUUGCUCGGGUUUGACGACUACGUCAACAUGGUCAUGGAGGACGUGACGGAAUUCGACUACACCGGUGCCCAGAUCAAACUUCCUAAGCUUCUGCUGAACGGGAACAAUGUUUGCAUGUUGAUUCCUGGUGGUGAAGGGCCCGUGGCCAGCUCGUGA